AAUUAGUAUUCUCGUGCUAGCCUCGCUAUAAAUCAAUCAUGGAGUCGUACGUGGUGAGCUGUAAAUACGCUGAGCCGCAGUUCCCGCCUUGUGAAGAAGAUUACAGUAAUUUUAGUGACCAAGGGGGGUAUUACAACAACCCUCCGGACAGUGGUAGUUAUGGAGGGGGCUAUCAGUCCAGCGUGCACCCCCCUCCGCCUCCGUACACACCACAACAAGCCGCCUAUGUCCACUCUGUGCAGGGCCCGCUCCGGGAGGACCAUGGCAAGGAGCAGCAUCCAAGUGGCCACUUCCCCGGAUUCACGGAGCAAGAACGAGCGGCUAAGGAUGACUACCUGCAAUGUCAGGCCUGGAUGACGUGCGCAAAGCCCGUUCAGGUGCAGAGAAAGACGGGAUGCCAGGUUAAAGACAAGCCGCCUAUUGUGGUGUAUCCCUGGAUGAAGAAGGUGCAUGUGGCGCACGUGAACCCAAACCAUGUGGGUCCAGAACCCAAACGUUUACGCACGGCCUACACGCGCCAGCAGGUCCUCGAGCUGGAGAAAGAGUUCCACUUCAGCCGGUACCUCACGCGCCGCAGACGGGUGGAGGUGGCCCACGCGCUCUGCCUGUCCGAGCGACAGGUCAAGGUUUGGUUCCAGAACCGACGCAUGCGCUGGAAGAAGGACAACAAGCUGCCCAACACCAAAGGACGCAAGAAGAAGGCGGCAGCGGAGAGCAGCGGAGGAGUAGAGCGGGAGAAGGCCGCCAUCACGGUCUGAGGCUGGGCACGGGAGCAGAGUUUGGCCCGGGACAGCGCCGAUAGAACUGUGGUGAUCCACGGUGCUGCACAGGAGAGGCAGACUAUAGGCUUUUGAAAAUUGUAACUUUUACUUUGUCUUUUACAUUUACGUGUCAUAUCUAUAUUUAGCCUUGAAGUUGCAUCAGAUAAUUUUUCUAUUUGAUUUCAUGAUGAAUGUCUUCCAUUUAGCGCUGCAGGUCACGUGACACGACAGGUCAAAAUUAAAAGAGGUUGACCAUAUCUCCCUUUGAAAAGUAGAGUAGAAGCCUUUAAUUGUAAGGACGCACAAACACAUUCUUUUAUCAGCGGGUUUAUGAGGGUACAUCUUUUUCGUUGGAGGUCUGGAAAUAUGGUCAACCUAAGUUAAUAUUUACGCAAAGGCCAAAAGCAAAGUCGCCAAACUCCCAUCUGACACGAGGAGAAUGAGGGUGGAAUUUUGGACAAAACAGGGUUUGAUUUCUACAGGGUAAACACAUACAGGGUUUUCUAUGAGCUACCUACACCGGGGUAAUUUAUGAACACGAAAAGAAUGUUGUUCCCACAAACUGGCGCUAAGGAAAACACAACCAAACGACCCGAGACUGCGCCAAAUGCUGCGCCUGCACUGUACAAAGACUAUUUAUGUUACAUACGCGGUACUGAGCAGGACGUGUAGCCAUAUUUCUCACGCAACAUCACGUUUUCAACUAUUCUUUUGGGAUUGUUUUUACGCACGAGAUACAAAGAACAAUAAAUUAUUUAAGUGGCUAGAUUUGGCACAGAUAUUUUUCCCAUCAUUCCGUUCUCAGGGUUUACAUGGUUUUUAUACAUAAACAUCUAUUCCUGGAGCUGUUUACGGAGCAACGAGAGCUUUAAAAUUCUCUCAAAAAUGGCACCAUUUAGCUUUGCAUUCCAGUUUAAUAUGCUAUUGUGUUAU